ACAUGCAUCUCUCUCCCAUUCCAUAGGGAAUGAGCUAGGCUGUCCCGUUCCCCACGUCCACCUGCACUUCGUUAAAGAGCAGCGUAUCCGCAUGCCACACCACAAGAUCCCCACAAUGACAUAACUCCAUUCAGAGACUGGCGUGACUGGGCUGGCUUCCCCCCUACACCCCCCCUUCAGCUCUUGUAUCACUAAGAAUCUGGCAGUCAGCUCCCUCUUGACAGAGUUUACAGCAUAUAUUGGUGGAUUCCUGUCCAUAGUACAUCUGCUUUAAGAAUUAGCAAAAGCAGUGUCAAGACAGAAAGGGUUCAAACCAUUUGCCAAAAAUGAAUCUAGGUGCAUUUGCUCUCUGCUUGGCUUUAAUUUGGGGUGUCAGUGGCCAAUACUAUGAUGAUUAUGAUUUUCCCUUGUCCAUCUACGGGCUGUCAUCGCCAAACUGUGCACCUGAAUGCAACUGCCCAGAAAGCUACCCCUCUGCCAUGUACUGCGACCAGCUGAAACUGAAAAGCGUGCCCAUGGUGCCCCCCGGAAUCAAGUACCUUUACCUGAGGAAUAACCAGAUUGACCACAUCGAUGACAAGGCCUUUGAGAAUGUCACUGAUCUGCAGUGGCUCAUCCUAGAUCACAACCUCCUAGAAAACUCCAAGAUCAAAGGGAGGGUUUUCUCGAAAUUGAAACAGCUGAAGAAGCUUCAUAUAAACUACAACAACCUGACAGAGUCUGUGGGCCCCCUUCCUAAGUCUCUGGAGGAUCUGCAGCUCACUAACAACAAGAUCACAAAGCUGGGCUCCUUUGAGGGCCUGGUAAAUCUGACCUUCAUCCACCUUCAACACAAUCUGCUAAGGGAGGAUGCGAUCUCUGCGGCUUUCAGAGGACUUAAAUCCCUGGAGUACCUCGACUUGAGCUUCAAUCAGAUGAGUAAGCUGCCUUCUGGCCUCCCAGUGACUCUUCUCACUCUCUACUUAGACAACAAUAAGAUUAACAACAUCCCUGAUGAGUAUUUCAAGCGCUUUAAUGGGCUGCAGUAUCUGCGUUUGUCUCACAAUGAACUGGCUGAUGGUGGAAUCCCUGGAAAUUCUUUUAACGUAUCCUCCCUGGUUGAGCUGGAUCUCUCCUAUAAUAAACUUAAAAGCAUUCCGACUGUCAAUGAGAACCUUGAAAACUAUUACCUGGAGGUCAAUGAACUGGAAAAGUUUGAGGUAAAGAGCUUCUGUAAGAUCCUGGGACCACUAUCCUACUCCAAGAUCAAGCAUUUGCGUCUGGACGGCAACCGCCUGACGGAAAGCAGCCUGCCUCCUGAUAUGUACGAAUGUCUACGGGUAGCAAAUGAAAUCACUGUUAAUUAACUUCUGCCAAUCCCAGUUAGAUUGAGGUGUAUCCUGGAGGAAAAGUUUAUGGUUACUUUUCUGUGUGUAAGUUCUCAUUGUAUCCUUUUGUUGUUGUUGUUAUUGUUUAUU